AGCAUUUAGGCUAUGCGGCUAGCGGACCCGCUGCGUCUGUGCCGUGUGUUACGAUGGCAGCACAAUCCAAACAUUAGCUCUCAUGCUAAACCAGGUCGCGUCAUUCAUUUGACCGAUAAUAAUUAUUCGAUUUAAGGUUCGAGUCAAUCUCAAGUCGCCAGUUUGCCAACGGUUGCUCGUUAGCCGCGUUAGCCGCGUUAGCCUCGGUUCCGACAACAACAACAACAGCAGCAGCAGCAGCAGCAGCAGCGUCAUCGACACCGAAUACCGAACACCGGCACGGUUUCACCUUUAAAACCGAACUGGAAAAUCACUUCAGAUGGAAACAAACGCGCCGAAAAGACGGGACAAUAAAAAAUCACUGCGUGUGAAGGUGAUUAGUCUCGGAAAUGCGGAGGUGGGGAAGAGCUGCAUCAUCAAACGUUACUGUGAGAAGAGGUUUGUUCCCAAGUAUUUGGCCACGAUCGGUAUCGACUAUGGAGUCACCAAAGUUCAGGUGCGUGACAGAGAGAUCAAAGUGAACAUCUUCGACAUGGCGGGACAUCCUUUCUUCUACGAAGUGCGUAAUGAGUUCUAUAAGGACAGUCAGGGCGUGCUGCUGGUGUACGACGUCGGCCUCAGGGAGAGCUUCGACGCCCUCGACAGCUGGCUGGGCGAGAUGAAACAGGAAAUGGGCUCCCAGGCCAACAUGGACAGCAUCGUGUUCAUCGUCUGCGCCAACAAGGUGGAUCUGACCAAGCGACGGGUGGUGGACGAGGGGGAGGGCCGUCUGUGGGCGGAGUCCAGAGGGUUUCACUACUUUGAGACGUCAGCUCAGAGCGGCGAGGGAAUCAACGAGAUGUUCCAGGCGUUCUUCUCGUCCAUCACAGACAUGUGUGAAAAUGGCGGGAAGCGUCCGGUGUCAGAGGUCAGCGCCGGCUUCACCAAAGAACAGGCCGACACCAUUCGACGCAUCCGCAACAGCAAGGACUCAUGGGACAUGUUGGGUGUUAAACCCGGCGCCACGCGGGAGGAGGUGAAUAAAGCGUACCGUAAACUGGCCGUGCUGCUGCACCCCGAUAAAUGUGUGGCCCCCGGCAGUGAGGACGCCUUCAAGGCUGUGGUGAACGCACGCACAUCACUGCUGAAGAACAUCAAAUAACACACACACACGCACACGCACACAUCACUGCUGAAGAACAUCAAAUAACACACACACACACACACGCACACGCACGCACACGCACGCACACACACACACACACACACACGCACGCACACAUCACUGCUGAAGAACAUCAAAUAACACACACACACACACACGCACACGCACGCACACGCACGCACGCACACACACACACACACACGCACGCACACAUCACUGCUGAAGAACAUCAAAUAACACACACACACGCACACGCACACAUCACUGCUGAAGAACAUCAAAUAACACACACACACGCACACACACACGCACGCAUACACAUGCACGUCGUCAUGGAGACGUGGACUCAAUAGCUGCAUGAACAGUGUUCAUUUAUUUAUCUGCUUUGUGCCAAUUGUCAACUGAUUUACUAACAUGUGAGUGAGUGAGUGAGUGAGUGAGUGAGUGAGUUAAAUCUAAAGACUCUUUGAGGCGAACACAAAUCUGUGUGUGUUUGUCAGGGUCAAAGGUCAAAUGUGUUUUCCUGCCAAAGGAGUGUGGCAGCAGGAACCAAUCGUUGUCAGCUGUUUACUAGAAGGGGCGGUGCUACAUUACUGUCAGUCACACCCAUGACAUUGAUCAUGUGAUCACGUGUUUAUGUUUGUUUACUUUAUAUCAUUGUGUUUAUUGUUCAAGUCAAACUUUGAAAUAAAGUUAAGAAUUUAAAGCUUUUUAAAUCUGUUUCAUAACAAACAAGUGAAUUUACACAUGUCAAUCAAAUGUCAUGUGACUGACUCUGUCUGUGUGUGUGUGUGUGUGUUUGUGUCUCUGUCUGUGUGUGUGUGUUUGUGUCUGUGUGUUAAGUGCAUGUUUAAAUGGACAGUUUUUCAAAUUAAAAGCAUCAUCUCUGA